GCUCGGGCCCGGCUGCCGGCUCAGCACCGCCCGGCGCGGGUGGUGGUGGGCGACGUGCGGGACCCCGGCGCCGUGGGGGAGGCCGUCAGGGGCCAGGACGCCGUCAUCAUCCUCCUGGGGACCCGGGACGACCUGGCCGACCGCCCUCUGACCGGGACCUACACGGUGACGGUGGGCGCGACCGGCCCCUCCCGCGUCAUCUCCACCCACGACCUCGGCCACUUCCUCCUCGCCUGCCUCCACACCUCCCGCUACGACGGGCAGAGCGUCCACCUCGGUGGGGAUUACCCCCGGGAUUAG